CUAGUGCUGUCUCACUCCCAUAAGCACAAGCGCAGGUACAGCAUUCGUAUGACAACACAAAAAACGCUUGGAGCCGAGCAAACAAACCGCUUGCUCUUUUAGUUCAGCCACUUUUAUUGCUUCUAAACAUGUUUGUCGUGUCUGCCAGUGCGAGUGCCUUUUAAUUUGGUCUCAUAUUCGUUUAAUAUCCUUUGGUUGAGUUGCUGUGUCAGUUGUUAGCUACCUGUCCCGUUAGGUGUAGAAGGAAGGAAGAACCGCACACAGGAAACGUUCCGCGAAAGUUCACUUGCUGAACAGCUACGGGGCAAACGCGUCUAGAGAAGGGUUCUUGGCGAUCAGUGGGAUGAUAGUGAGGCGGGUUGGAGUCUGGAUUGAAGGAGCAUGGUAAAACACCAACCAUUACAGGUCUACGAGAGACAGCUGUGUUUGUCAUGUCUAACCGGGAUCUACGGAUGCCGCUGGAAACGCUACCAGCGGUCACAUGAUGACACCACCAAGUGGGAGUGCUUGUGGUCCUUCAUUCUCUUCUGCACUUUCUCCUUGUUACUGGUUUGGUUUUACUUCUGGUGGGAGGCGCACAAUGACUACAACGAGUUUAACUGGUUUUUAUAUAACCGUUCAGGGGAGUGGAGUGAUGGAACCGUUCCCAUAUUGGCCGCUACGGCAGCUGGUUUCACCUAUAUUGCAUUUUUAAUGAUUUUAGCCCUGUGCCACGUAGCUGUCGGGCAGCAGUUAAACCUCCACUGGCUCCACAAGAUUGGUGUGACAGCUGCUUUGCUCACUACAAUAAUUGGUGUGAUAUCGGUCACUCAAAUGUGGGGAGAGGAAUGGGAUGUAGUUUGGAUUUCUCUUCAGGCUACUGGUCCUUUCCUGCACAUCGGUGCUUUAGCUGCAGUUACCGCUUUGGCCUGGCUGGUGGCCGGACAAGUGGCGCGAGCGGAGAAAACCAGGUUUCAGGUGAUGGUUCUCCUCCUCUACCUGAGUGUUCUCCUCACGCUCUACUUCAUUCCGCUGUCAAUCACCUCACCCUGUAUUAUGGAGCGUGGGAGUCUCAAAGCAGCACCCGCCAUCAUCGGCCAUCAAGGAGCUCCAAUGCUCGCUCCAGAGAACACUCUCCUAUCAUUCAACAGAGCUCUUCAGAGAAAUGUUAGCGCGUUGGAGGCGGAUGUGACCAUCAGUCUAGAUGGUGUGCCGUUCCUCAUGAGAGACCAGACGUUGAGAAGAACCACAAACGUGAGGAGCGUGUUCCCAGACAGACAGUACAAAGAUGCUUCACUCUUCAACUGGACUGAUCUGAGCUCGCUGAACGCUGGCCAGUGGUUUCUAAAGGAUGAUCCCUUCUGGACUGUGCAGUACAUGUCGACGUCCGAGCGCUGGUCAGUGGGGAACCAGUCAGUGUGCAGCUUGGAGCAGAUGCUAAAACUAGCAGCUAAGUCCAAGAGCUCGGCUGUAUUCACACUUCGCAGACCGCCACCCGAUCACCCCCACUACCACGACUGGGUCAACCUCACCUUGGACACUGUUCUGAGGUCAGGAAUACCACAACAUCAGGUGAUGUGGACGGUAGACAGUAACAGGGAGAUGGUGAGGAACGUGGCUCCGGGUUUACAGCAGACAUCUGUGAAGAAGCUGCCCCUCGACACACUUCAUCAUAAUGGCAUCAGCAGGGUUCUGCUGCGCUACAACCAGGCCUCUGUGCAGGACGUCCGGCUGUAUAAUGAGAACAACAUCAGCCUGACUCUGUAUUCGGUGAACGAGCCGUGGCUGUAUUCCCUGCUGUGGUGCAGUGGGGUGCCAUCCGUCUCUUCCGAGGCCCCGCAGGUGCUGAGGAAGGUGCACUAUCCGCUCUGGCUCAUGAGUCCAGAUGAGUACUGCUUGAUAUGGAUUUCUACUGAUCUCAUCUCCUUUGCUGUAGUUCUGGGAAUAUUUAUAUUCCAGAACUAUCACAUGAUCAGGUGGAGAAUGAGCGGGAUGCGUAGCUACAACCCAGAGCAGAUCAUGCUGAGCGCAGCCGUCAGGAGAUCCAGCAGAGACGUCAACAUCAUGAAGGAGAAGCUCAUCUUCUCUGGUCAGCCACAGUAGCUGUCCAUCUCCUGGGUUUGAGUCUGUGUUACCGCAUCCCUCCAUCCCAUUCCAUCUCAUUCCCUCCCCUCUCCCUCCUGUUUCUCACUGUCCGCCACCAUCCCGUCUCUUCCUGCAUCCAUUCAUCCAUCAAUCCAUACUCCGCUGACAUCCCAAAGCUUGAAUGAUAGCUCAUGCAGUGCUGUAGCAUCAAUGGCCAGGGUAACUGUGGCCUGCGUACGGUGAGUAUGAAAGUGAUGACAACUAACCCGAUCAUUCAGAUAUGUGGCAAAGAAGGCCUACAGUUUGCUUUUUCACUAGUGGCUCUGUUCCAAGUAUGCCAAGUGCAUAGGCAGCUACUAUAUAAGAAAGCAUAUUAGAGGGAUAGUUUAUCAAAAAAUGAAAAUUCUACGAGAAUAAAGUUGAAAUAUUAUGAGAAUAAAGUCUAAAUGUUUCGAGAGUGAAGCUGAAUUCUCAAAAUAUUUUGGUAAUAAUCCCACAUAUAUUCAAAUAAAUUCCGGUGGCCUGGCAACUUCUCCCCAGUCCGGCUAUUUGCAUGCACCAUUCUCAAAAUAUUUUGACUUUAUUCGCUAAAUAUUUCGACUUGUUCUCGAAAUUUCAACUUUAUUCUCAAGAUUUUGACUUUAUUCUCUAAACAUUUUGACUUUAAUCUUGUAAUAUUCAGUAAAUCUUGGAAUUUUGGAUAUUUUUUUUUUUUUUUUUUUUUU